UCAAGACAGGGCCCAGGAUGCAGCCAGGCCGCCCCCUCCGAGAAGGGAGUCCCAGCAAUGCCUGCCGCGCGCCCCCCACCUUCACCCCUUUAGAAGGUGGGCAGGAGCAGGAAGAGGCGAAGGACCUCGGCCCCCAGGGGAGACUCUCCCCUGGGCAUUUUGUUCUCAAACAACAUGAAACCGAAUGAAAGCAUUCAACAAGUCACGCUCGGGCGCUUAGAACGGGUCCCCCCACCCACAAGCAAACCAUGCACAGCUCUGAUCCGUCCAUCAGUCAACAGUCCCUGUUAAUAUUUAGAUUUUGGAGAUCAAUGCUGCCGCCUCAACGUUGCUGCUGUCGGUGUGGCCGGACCAGCCCUUCAAGCAAUGAUCCUGGAAAGACACUGACCCCUACUGGCAAUGGCCUGCAACGCACCUCCUUGCCCGUUCUGGGGCUCAGCAGGCGACAAAAAUAAAGUUCCACAAAAGACAUUAACAUUUAUGGAGCUGCUAUUCCUAGAGAGUCUCCACUCCUCCUGACUUCCUCUUUCAGGCUGACGGCCCUGAUCCCCGUCCCCAGAUCUGUCCUCCUGGCCUUUUCCACCCCACUGGGCUUGAACCUGGGGACCUGAGCCCAUCAUCCCUGCGCAGCAGGGGAGGGGCCCCUUUGACAGACAGUCCUCCCUCCAACUCAUUGUGUGUGCGCCUGAAAUGGCACAGAAUGAAAAUCGGAGACAGAGAGAGACCGAAGGAAGGAAAGGGACAGAGGUCAAGCCAGCUCCCUAAUGCCAGAAGCACCCUGCGUCCUAAAUGGAGGCGCUCUCCAUCUUGUUGCUGCUCGUUGGAGUCUCUUGUGUCCUUCUCCUCUUGCGGUGGAAGAGCAGCACCGAGAGCAGAGGCCUGCUCCCCCCGGGGCCCACCCCAUUCCCACUCCUGGGGAACUUCCUCCAGCUGGACCGCAAGAAUGUGAUCCAGUCCCUGAUGAAGAUGAGUGAGGUCUAUGGGCCGGUGUUCACUGUCUAUCUGGGAGCCCGCCGAGUCGUGGUCCUGUGCAGCUACAAGGUGGUGAAGGAGGCCCUGGUGGAGCGGGCUGAAGAAUUCAGCGGGCGUGGGCAGCUGCCAGCCUUCUCCAAGGAUUUCAAGGAGCACGGGGUUGUAUUUGCAAAUGGGAAGAGGUGGAAACACCUUCGUCGCUUCUCUCUCUCCACACUGAGGAAUUUCGGGAUGGGAAAACGAUCCAUCGAGGAGCAGAUCCAGGCAGAGGCCCAGUUCCUAGUUGAGGAGCUCCGCAAAACUAAAGAAAUGCCCUUCGACCCAGUCUUCAUCCUCAGCCGUGCUGUCUCCAAUGUCAUCUGCUCUGUUGUUUUUGGGGAUCGCUUCGAUUAUAACGAUGAGAAAUUCCUCAUAUUGAACAGGCUGAUAACAGAACGGUUCCGUGUUGCCAGUUCACCUCUGGCCCAGCUGUACAACAUCUUCCCGGAGAUCAUGGACAAAAUCCCUGGACCACACCACAGAGGCAGCAAAUGCUCCCAGGAGAUUAUCAACUUCAUUCUGGAGAGAGUCAUGCUGCAGAAGGCCUCGCUGGACCCCUGUGCACCCCAGAAUUACAUUGACUGCUUCUUAGCUAAGAUGGAGCAGGAAAAGCAGAACCUGGAGACUGAAUUUUGCCUGGAGAAUUUGGUGAUGUCCACAUUCAAUUUAUUCUUUGCUGGAACAGAGACCAUUAGCACCACCCUGAGAUACGGGUUUCUCAUCCUGCUGAAAUAUCCUCACAUACAAGAGAAGCUCCAUGAGGAAAUUGACCGAGUGAUUGGGAGGGAUCGAGUGCCAGCCACGGAGGACAGAAGCCAGAUGCCUUACACCGAGGCCACCCUGCACGAGAUCCAGCGCUUCAGCGAUAUCCUCCCCAUGAGCCUUCCGCACGCCGUCACCCGUGACACCCACUUCCGGGGAUACCUCAUCCCGAAGGGGACCUACGUCUACCCGCUGCUCACCACCGUGCACUACGACCCGGAGCAGCACUCCAACCCCCAUGACUUUGACCCCGGGAGAUUCUUGGAUGCCAGAGGUCGCUUCCAGAAGGCGGACGCAUUCAUGCCUUUCUCGGCAGGGAAGCGCGUAUGCCUGGGUGAGGGGCUGGCCCGCAUGGAGCUGUUCCUCUUCUUCACCACCAUCCUGCAGGCCUUCAGCCUUACAUCGCCAGUGCCCCCGGGGCAGAUCAGCCUUGUUCCUGCUGUGAGCGACCUUGGCAAGGUGCCCCCCCCGUACCGGCUGUCAAUGCUGCAGCGCUGAUCUUGCUGCUUCUGCCAGACGUUUGUCCACAAGGAUCCGGUUCGGGUCUCCGUCUAAGCAGUGUGGCAUUUCUAUGCCGAAAAUGUUUUCAGAAUUAUUGUUUCUCUCUCUUUUUCCGUGUCUCUCUCUCACACACACACACAAAAUGGGCCGUGUAAUGUGAAAUCAUGACUUGAGUUUGCUUUAAAACCAGUCAGGGUUCUUGUUAAGAUGGCAAUGUUAUUAUGGUAUUUUUUUAUUUCAGGCAAUACUGUUUAAAAUAAAGACUGCUGAGAUAAAUUUGUGGUAACAGUUAAUAGCUAUAUCUAUUUGCAGUUAGCAGAGGUUCAAGAUAUAAAAUGAUAUGACUGUGCAAACUGUCUAAUUCUGGCAAACUACCUGCCUUGAUCAUGCUUGAUUUAUUGAUUUAUUAAAAUAUUUCUAGCCUCCUUUCCUUGUAGUUCAAUGCAGCUUACAAUAAUAGAUUAAAAUCAUUUACAGCUAAAAUCAAAAUAAAAUAACAUGAGGCUGUCCUGGAGAAUGAGAGAUGUGAACAGCAGAGUUAAGUGGCCAAAAAUCCACUUGUUAAAACUGUUUUCGAUUGUUUAUAAUGUUUUUAAUGUUUUUAUGGAAAUUGUAUGAAAUUAUGUUUAUUGUUUUUAAAUGAUGUGAUCCACCCUGAGCCCUGUUGGCAGGGAGGGCAGAAUGGAAGUCUAAUAAAUAAAUAAUAGUAAUAAUAGUCUCUUGAACCUCUGAGACCACCCGGUAGGUAUGUCAAGACACUGUCCCCACAAAUUUCUAAUGGUACCAAAAAUAUGUGUCAGUUUAGUUACCUUUACUAGACAUUUAGGUACGUUUAAAUUAUGGAAGGAAGGAAUCUAAUCAGGACUUUUAUAAAAUCAAUGGAUCUUCUGAUAAUGAAGUGAGAAAAAAUGGAUGCAAAGAAAGAAGCCACUUUGAUUAGAAGCUUUUCAAACAUUGAAAAGCUCAGUAUUGGGAGUGGGAGAGAUUAUAACGGAAGAUGAAAGAUACAAAAAAAUCUGAAUUCUAAAAACCCGCUGAAGCCAUGCUACAAAGUGCAGUAAGGGAAGGUGCGUGUGGAACCAUAGCAACAGCUUCUCUUUCUAUUCUGUCCUCAGAGAAAACAAUACAAAUGAUUCCCGGACGGUGUGUUAAGCUAAUUACAAUGCAAAGUACAAAGAAGGAAGAGGUUUUUUUUAUAUUUGUGGUGUUCAUGACCCUCUGCAGACAGGAAUUAAGGAGCAACAUUUUACUUAAUUAACGUUUAUUUGUUUGUUUGUUUCUGUCAUUUAUAGUCCUCCUUUCUCACUGAGACUCGAGGCGGAUUACACAGUGUGAGUCAGUACAGUCACUUUCAAGGACAUUUCAAUAAACCAUAGAAUGAAGUCUAUAAAUGCAAAUUGGCAGAGUUUUAAAACCAGCGGAAAUCCAAUACACAGAGUUGAAGAAAUGCUGAGACAGGACAUUAGCAAUUCUAAGACCGACCUAUUGAACAACACAGAACUACCCAGUAGCUGAACUGAAGCUCCUUACAAUUUCUUUGAAUUUACACAAAGCACAUUGAUAGAUUUUCUUCUUCGUUCAGAAAAUGCCUACGCCGCCUCUCCAGUCCUGCUUGAGGCAGUUCAGAACUAAACCAAUGAAACAAAGGCCAAGACACUAAAAACAAAUCAUGCCAAUAAAACAAGCCAAGUAAAUAAAAUAAAAUGAAAAACAAGUCCAUGAAACAGGCCCAUAAAAGAAAGCCAGGGCAUGUACCCACAGAGGGUGCAGUCCUACGCUAUAAACCUCUGCCCAGAAUCCUCUCGCUUAGGCUCUCAGACAUCACCCUUAUCCCUAAGAACAUGCACAUUUCCCUUCUGGGUUCAGUCAAGGGCCCGCAAGACCAGCACCGCCCUCCUCGCUCUCAGGAAAUCCCACCGAUACGGCAGGGCAAAGUUGUUUGGCCCUCGCACCUGGCAGGCUGGCAAUUGGGGUAUCCUGCCACUGAAGACAGGAGUUCUCUUUAACUAGCAUGGCUGGUAGCUGUUGAAGAACCUGUCCUUCCUGGAUGUCUCCAGUUUUCAUUUAAAGGCACCUGUGCCAAUGCAAUCUCACACAUUCAAGGGACGGCACGUGCCCUUUCGAGGCGUCUGCUUUGUCCCUGUUUCAUGGAACAAUGUUAGCAAACUGCCUGCAUGAUGUGAGAAGGUAACUUUCUAUGGCCUUUGGAAACUCUUUGCACAAAGCUCUGAAUUGGAAUUUGAGGCAAACUUGUAUCUGUAGAGUCUCGCUACGCAACAGGAUUACACUAGGGGACACAGGUGAAAGGAGAGCACUGUUAGCUGGGACGUGUAGUUUAAAAAGACAGAAGGGAAGGCUCUGUCAAUUUCCCCUCAGAGGGUUUGUUAAUUAGAUGCAAUUAACAAACCCUUUGAGGACUGAUGGGGCUCUGUCUUUUCAAAGUACCCUCAGGUGGAGAGGGGAAAUGGACAGAGCCUUCGGCUUUUAAACUACUUGUUCUGGCUCCAUUGCAUCUCCCUUCACUUGAGUGCCCUCGCGAAAGAAGGAUCGUAUACAGAGACUGUGUGUCAAAGAGCAUCGCUUGGACUUUCAGCUGUGCUUUAGACUCCAAGUCUGCCUAUUUCUUAAAUAUUACACAGAGCUGUUCCCAAAUCCCUUUGAGUGAACAUUAGUUGCUUAAGACUUAGGCCCUUGUUUUUCUUCUCUUGUCUUUGCCCUUCCCAGUGGGAUAACUGACUGUUGGAGUAGUUCCCUCCUGAAAACAGAAAAGCUAGACCGUGAAAACUAACUAUGCAACUAAAGUAAAUGAGAUGUAGAAACUAUUAUUAAAUAAACUUUUGAAACAUG